CAGCGCUGUGGCUACGUCAGAGGCGGCUGCCGCAGGGUCCCUUGCGGGGCGGCGGGGUCGCUGCCGGCGCGCAGCGAUGGAGGAUCCUGCUCAAGAUGGGGUGGCUUCUCCAGCCACCCCCGGGGCCGGGAAAUCUAAGCUGGAAACAUUGCCCAAGGAAGAUCUCAUCAAGUUUGCCAAGAAGCAGAUGAUGCUGUUACAGAAAGCUAAAGCAAGGUGUACAGAAUUGGACAAAGAAAUUGAGGAACUCAAAUCAAAACCUUCUGAUGGAGCAACUGAUGAUAUUAUUAAGGCAUUAACUGAACGUCUAGAUGCAAUUCUUCUGGAAAAAGCAGAGAAUGAGCAGCAGUAUCUUUGUCUAAAGAAGGAAAAUGUUAAAAUGAAGCAAGAAAUUGAGGAUUCUGUAACUAAGAUGGAAGAUAUGCACAAACAAUUUGAACAGUCACAUAGAAACUCUCUGAAAGAAAUUGAAAAUUUGAAAGAUGAAUUGAUGACUGUACAUUCCACACACAGUAAAGAUACAGCCAGCUUACAAAAAGAACUGAAAGAAGCAUUAAGUAAACAGUUAGAGCUUUCAGAGCAAAUUAAAUGUCAGAGUGACUCUGAAAAUAAUGUUAAAAAGCUACAAGAAGAAAUUCAGAAAAUUAAACCAGUCUUUGAGGAACAAAUUUUAUGUCUGCAAAAACAGUUAGAAGCUACCACUGAUGAAAAAAAUCAAGAGAUUAUUCAGCUCCAAAAAGUCAUUGAGGUAAAUUCUCAGCACUAUGAGAAAGACUUAAGUGGUUUACAGGAAGAGCUUCUGCAGCUGAAAGCUGUGCACCAGGAAGAAGUGAAAGCGCUGAUGUGCCAGCUUGACGCAUCAGCUAGAAAGCAUGAAGCAGAAAUAAAUAAGCUAAACCAGUUACAAGAGAACCUGCUUAAACAGGGUGAGGCAAGAGAGAAGAACAUUCAGGAAAAAGAUGAAUGUAAAUUGGGAAACUUAAUGAAAAACACCUCAAAUGUUGACCAAGAUAAUCAGAUUUGUCCUGUGCCCUUCCAAGAAGAUAUUCCUGUAGAACAAGUAGCAUAUGAAAAAGUUAGACACUUAGAAGAUUCCUUAAAAGAAUUGGAAUCUCAACAUAGUAUCUUAAAAGAUGAGGUAACUUAUAUGAAUAAUCUUAAAUUAAAACUUGAAAUGGAUGCCCAACAUAUAAAGGAUGAGUUUUUUCAUGAACGAGAAGACUUAGAAUUUAAAAUUAAUGAGCUAUUACUAGCUAAAGAAGAGCAGGGCUCCAUCAUAGAAAAAUUAAAACAUGAACUAGAUGAUUUAAAUAAACAGUUUUGUUAUGCUGUAGAACAACAUAACAGGGACAUAAAUAAUCUUAAGGAAUGCCAUCAAAAAGAAAUAUCUGAACUAAAUGAGUCAUUUUUGUCAGGUUCAGAAAAAGAAAAAUUGUCACUAAUGUUUGAAAUACAGGGUCUUAAGGAGCAGUGUGUACAUCUCCAACAAGAAAAGCAAGAAGCACUCAUAAAUUAUGAGAGUUUACGAGAGAUGAUGGAAAUCUUACAAACAGAACUGGGAGAAUCUGCUGGAAAAAUAAGUCAAGAAUUUGAAUCAAUGAAGCAACAGCAAGCAUCCGAUGUUCAUGAACUUCAACAGAAGCUAAGGACUGCUUUUAAUGAAAAAGAUGCUCUUCUGGAAACUGUGAAUCAUCUCCAAGGAGAAAAUAAAAAGUUACUGUCUCAACAAGAAUUAGUACCAGAACUUGAAAAUACUAUAAAGAGCCUUCAGGAAAACAUUAACAUGCACUUAGUUAGUCUCAGUGAAAGAGAUAACAUGUUACAAGAAUUAGAAGCAAAGACACAUUCUCUUACUGAGGAAAAAGACAGCUACAUAAGUACAAUAAAAAAUUGCCAUCAAGAAAUAGAUAAACUCCAUAAAAAAUGUGAACAGGAACAAAACUUGACUCUAGAACUUAGGGAAAAGUUGGAGCAAACUACCCAAUAUAACAAUGAACUAGAACAAAAAAUAAAUGAAUUAACAGAAAGACUAGAUGAAACCUUAAAAGAAAAGAGAGAAAAUAACCAAGAAAUUUUGAUUCAAGUGAAAACUAAGUCUGAAGACCAGGAAGCAUUGUCCUCUGAAAUCAAGUCUCUUUAUGAGGAAAAUAAAAGACUGAAUUCUGAAAACACUCAGUUGAGUAGGGAUUUGGAAGCUCUUAAUGAACAUACUGCUGAAUUAGAAAAGAAACUUCAACAAAUGGCUGAAGAACAAGAUAAUUUAUAUAAGCUGUUGGAAAAUGAGCAAGUUCAGAAGUCAUUUGUCAGAACUCAGUUGUAUGAGUAUCUUAAACAGUUGGGGUCCAGUUUUUUGGAAGAAAAUGAAGAAGGUGUCAGAAAUAUCUUACAAGCUAUAGGUGAAUCCUUAGCAAAAAUAAAUGAAGAAAAACAUAACUUGGUCUUUCAGUAUGAUGAAAGAGUAUUGGAGUUAGAAAAAAAGACUAAGUGCCUUCAAGAAGAGAAUAUAGCUCAAUGUGAAGAACUUAGGUCUUUACUGAGAGACUGUGAGCAAGAGAAAGUUCUCUUAAGGAAAGAGUUAAAAGAAUCCAUCUCAGAAAAAGAGGUCCUACAACUUGAUCUUCUAGAAAUGAAGAGUGCUAAUGAAAAAACAAGGUUUGAAAAUCAGAGUCUUUUAACUAAAAUUGAAGAAUUAUCUCAAACAUUGCACAGCAAAAAUGAAAUCCAUAAUGAAAAACCUUUGCUAAUGGAACAUGAAAACCUAAGGCCAUUACUAGAACAGAAAGAAUCUGAACUACAAGAAGUGAGAGCAGAAUUGAUACUAUUAAAGGAUUCCUUAGAGAAACAACCUUCUGUAAAUAAUGAGCAACUCUCAUUAGUAAAAGAGCUGGAAGAAAAAAUAGGAAAUCUGGAAAAAGAAUCCAAAGAAAAGGAAGAAAAAAUAAGCAAGAUAAAACUAGUUGCUGUGAAAGCAAAGAAAGAACUAGAUUCUAACAGAAAAGAGGCUCAGACACUAAGGGAAGAGCUUGAAUCUGUCCGGUCAGAAAAGGAUCAGUUGUCUGCUUCUGUGAGAGAUCUCAUCCAAGGAGCAGAAAGCUAUAAGAACCUUUUAUUAGAGUAUGAUAAGCAGUCAGAACAGCUGGAUGUGGAAAAAGAACGUGCUAAUAAUUUUGAGCAUCAUAUAGAAGAUCUUACCAAACAAUUAAGACAUUCAACUUUUCAGAAUGAAAAGCUAAAUUCAGAUAAUGAAGACCUCCUAGCUCGUAUUGAAACACUACAGUCCAAUGCAAAGUUAUUAGAAGUUCAGAUUUUAGAAGUCCAGAGAGCCAAAGCGAUGGUAGACAAAGAAUUGGAAACUGAAAAACUUCAGAAAGAGCAGAAGAUAAAGGAGCAUGCCAGUACUGUAACCGAUCUUGAAGAACUUCAACUACAAUUACAAAAGGAAAAGAAACAGCUUCAAAAAACGGUGCAAGAGUUAGAGCUGGUUAAAAAGGAUGCCCAACAAACUACAUUAAUGAAUAUGGAAAUAGCAGAUUAUGAACGUUUGAUGAAAGAACUUAAUCAAAAGUUAACUAGCAAAAACAGCAAGAUCGAAGAUUUGGAGCAAGAAAUAAAAAUUCAAAAGCAGAAACAAGAAACCCUCCAAGAAGAAAUGACUUCACUGCAGGCUUCAGUGCAACAUUAUGAAGAAAACAACUCCAAAAUCAAACAGCUACUUGUGAAAACCAAAAAGGAACUGGCAGAUUCAAAGCAAGCAGAAAAUGAUCAUUUAAUCCUUCAAGCAUCUUUAAAGGGUGAGCUGGAGGCAAACCAACAGCAAGUGGAAGUCUACAAAAUCCAGCUGGCUGAAAUCACGUCUGAGAAACACAAGAUCCACGAGCACCUGAAGACCUCUGCAGAGCAGCACCAGCGCACACUGAGUGCGUACCAGCAGAGGGUGGCUGCACUGCAGGAGGAGAAUCGUGCUGCCAAGGCAGAACAAGCUGCUGUCACCUCUGAAUUUGAGAGCUACAAAGUUCGAGUUCAUAAUGUUCUAAAACAGCAGAAAAAUAAAUCUGUGUCUCAGAUGGAAACUGAGGGAGCUAAACAAGAAAGGGAACAUCUGGAAAUGUUGAUUGACCAACUGAAAAUCAAAUUACAAGAUAGUCAAAAUAGCUUACAGAUCAGUGUAUCUGAACUCCAGACCCUGCAAUCUGAACAUGACACUCUUCUGGAGAGGCAUAACCGGAUGUUGCAAGAAACCGUGACCAAAGAGGCAGAACUGCGGGAAAAGUUGUGUUCAGUGCAAUCUGAGAAUGUGAUGAUGAAGUCUGAGCAUGCCCAGACUGUGUGUCAGCUGACAUCCCAGAACGAAGGCCUCCGCAACAGUUUCCGAGAUCAAAUGCGGCAUUUGCAGGAAGAGCACAGAAAGACAAUGGAGACUUUGCAGCAGCAGCUCUCCAAGGUGGAAGCUCAGCUCUUCCAGCUGAAGAGUGAACCAACUACAAGAAGCCCAGCUUCCUCCCACCAACCUGUGAAGAGCCUUCGAGAAAGGAGAAACACAGACCUUCCCCUUCUAGACAUGCACACUGCAACCCGGGAAGAAGGAGAAGGGAUGGAGACAACUGAUGCGGAGUCCGUGUCUUCUGCGGGCACACACGCCCAGUCUUUAGAGCAGCUUCUUAGUUCUCCUGAGACCAAACUUGAACCUCCUUUAUGGCAUGCUGAAUUUACCAAAGAAGAACUGGCCCAGAAGCUCAGUUCCACCACAAAAAGUGCAGAUCACUUAAACAGCUUGCUUCGGGAAACAGAAGCAACAAACGCCAUCCUUAUGGAGCAAAUUAAGCUUCUCAAAAGUGAAAUAAGAAGAUUGGAAAGAAACCAAGAGCGGGAGAAGUCUGCAGCCAACCUGGAAUACUUGAAGAAUGUCUUAUUGCAGUUCAUGUUCCUCAAACCAGGAAGUGAAAGAGAGCGACUGCUUCCUGUUAUAGAUACAAUGCUGCAGCUGAGCCCUGAAGAAAAGGGAAAACUUGCUACAGUUGCUCAAGGCGAGGAAGAAAAUGUUUCCCGUUCUUCUGGAUGGGCGUCCUAUCUACAUAGUUGGUCUGGCCUCCGAUAGAUUGACGGAAAGAAAAUUCUUAUUUAACUAUCCACUUGGAAGAAAAAUGGUUCACAUAUGCUAGUCAUUCUUCUCUAAGAAAGUAUGUGUAUCUGUUCACAUCCUCCUGAAUUUGUACAUAUGUAUGACAGAUGUAUUUAGAAUCUCACAUGGAGUAGAAGUAGAACAUCUUGAAGCAUUGGUACCAUUCAUCCACAGCCCCCAGUUCAGCUUCAUGGACUUCACAGUCUCUGUGGAUGAGAACACGAGGAAAGAAUUCACUCCCACACUCUGGAACUCUGAGAGCUGCCCAUUUGUAAAUAGUACUGUGAAUGUUGAACUAAAUUUUGAAACCAUACCAACUGGGAGAUUGAAGCCUUUAAAGUGAUAUUUCAAGGUUAUUUGUUAUUAAUAAGAUAAAACAUUUCCUUAGAUGCUGUUUUAUCAGUAAAGUUGACAUGUUUAUCAAGGGAUUAAUGAAGUAAAUAUGUUGUAGUUAAUUAUGAGGCUAAGUUAAAUUGCAGUUUACAUAGUUACUUUAAAAUAAACUCUUCUCUCUUUAUUUCAAAACUCAGUAUGUUGAAGCCCUGAUGCAGGCUGGUGUGACCUCAGCUGGGGGUACUUCUGUGGUGUCCCAAGGCUCUUACAGCGGUGCCACUACUUAUAAGCCAUGAUUCUGUUUUGAGAAUUUUCUGCAUCUCCCCAAAUGAAAACGUCUCUGAACAGUGAUUGUCUUACUGGACAUUAAAUCUACUCAUGAAUCUGGUGCUUCCGGUGUUGGGCAGGCAGGUAGUGUCAUUGCGCCCUCCAGAGGGCUCAGGGCUGUGUUGUCACAGCUUUGGUGAAGAAGGCUAGCUGUGGAAGUAUUAUUUGCCUUUGAUGCCUCUCAAAAUAUUUUGUUAACUAGGUUAAAAGUUGUACUCUUAAAUCAAAUUUUGGAAUUCUAUUUUUAGUAUUUACUUAAUAAAUCACCAUAUAGAAUAAUCUCUGAAGUUAUUAAGCCUUGCAGUUUAUAUUCUAAUUUUCAGGCUACACUGGAAAUCUGAUUUUGUACUUCAGUUAUUAAGAACAUGAUUUCCAAUCAAGUUUAAUUGAAAUUUGCUGCUGAUAUGUUGUUUAUUCCUUCAAAAUUAUCUCUUAUUUCUGUUUUUCCUCCAGUCUUAGAACAGACCUAACUAGUGAAUGUAUUGAUGAAAGUGCAUCUAUCAGCUGGGCAUGGUGGCGCAUGCCUUUAAUCCCAGCACUUGGGAGGCAGAGGUAGGUGGAUUGCCAUGAGUUUGAGGCCACUUGCAACUGCAUAAUGAAUUCCAGAUCGGCCUGGACUAGAGUGAAACCCUACCUCAAAAAAAGAAAGAAAGAAAGAAAAGAAAAGCAUCUAUCUCAGAGCUCACUUUAAAAUUUUGGGUUUUUUUAUUUUUUUACUUCAUAAGCUGUGAAUAUGAGUAUGCUAACAGCAUACAGUGUAACUUUAAUAAUAUUUAAAUAUACUUUUCUUUGGGCCUAGGCCUUUUGAAAUCUAUAUAAACUUGUUUUGAAAUAUAGUCUGUACUUAACUAAUGUAAUAACAAAAUACCUUUUGCAUGGUAAAAAUUACUUUGAUUAGAAAAAGCAUAUAUACUUUUGUGAUAUCAGCAAUAAGGAAAUGUAAUGAUUAUUUUAAUACUUCUAUUAAACAAGUUUAACUGUA